UGGACGUCAUCCGUGUCUCUGAUUGGGCCAAUCGUUACGAACGAUUACCUUUCUUUUUUCCAGCAGUCGCCUGGCAUGGCCGCACCGCCUCGGAGCUCGCCGUCGACCUCGACGCUGCGCGUGCGUGUCAUUGGCCACGAGCGCAACAUCGACCCGCUCACCAAGAGCCCGAUCAUCCUCUACCGCUCCAUCGUCAAGUACAACGGCCAGACCUUUGAGCGCGCACUGCGCUUUAGCCGCUUCUACAACUUUCAUAUCAACCUCAAGCCCGACGAGCAGAAGACCAUCAGCGCCAAGUUUCCACCCCGCCACCCGUUCCGCACCGACCUCACCGAGAAGAUGAUCCUCAAACGCGAGCACAUGCUUGCCGAGUACAUGGCCGGCGUCUCGGCGCUGCCGCUGACCACACACAUGGAAGCAGCGCUCUUGCGCCUCCUAGAGAUCCGCAAAAGCCAGACCACAAGCAGCGCCCCCGUGUCCGAGACGAUGUCAACUGGCAGCGCGUACGAGCCCGUGCACCGCAUCUUCACCAACGUCAACCGGUUCGACCACGGUUCGUUUUGCUCGUCACGGUCAUCGCUCCAGCAGUCGCUUUCAGACGUACAGUCGUCUGCGUCGUGGCAGCACCGCCCGUCCGCGUCUCUCUCGGACGCCGGUUCACUCGACCGCACUGCGUCCGAGGUGGCGUCGUCGCGUGGCCCAUUGGCGGGCGACACCGCGCUGCUGCCGCUGAUCCCACUGAGUGUGGCUACUUCGAUUGACGAGGUCUUCGUCGAUGAAGAGGCGGACGAUUCUCUGUUUGAAGAAGCCAUGUCCGAGCCGGUGUUGCCACUAGCAUCUGAGAUUGGUGAAGCUGCGCUGCGCCAGCGCGAGAAAGUGCAAUCAAUGCUACUUCCAGCUGCGUCCGUUGCCGUCUUAGGCGAAGAAGAAGAGAACGAGAGCUCUCAAGACACGAGCAUGGACGCCAGCUUGUACCCAAACGCGAUCCAGCAGCACCUGUGCGUCAUUCAGUCCAUCUUGCGUACGAACCAAGUCGGGCGAUGAGGCGGCGACGUCACGAAUUCAACAAAAUCUUAAAUGCAAGCGUAGAGUUGAUGGUCCUUUGCCAGCUGACAGA